CUCGCUAGAGGCCAUUGACAGAUCUGCAAUCGUCAACGCCCAGACCAGGUGUCUCCUGUUCUGGCGUACUUGUGGAUCAAAGAUCAGACGUUUGGCAACACUGUUGCCCAUCUCUUCGCCGGUAAUGCUAGACCCACGGCGGCCACCCAAGUCCGCGAGGACUUGUCAAAGCCUUGAAGGACAGGGGCUCAUGCAAGCUGAUGCUAGAUCUGUGCUGUUGCGCUUUGAUAUGGCCCAUACUCAUUGGCGUUUUCGACAUAUUCGACUUGGUUGUGCUAGUUUCAUAGCGGACCCUCACUUGGGCCUAAAUGCAGCUGCACAACUGCUUGUCACCUGUUCUGUACUAUUAAACCAAGUUCUUCUUCAUCCGAGACCCAUCAACAUAGUCUUUCUCUUCAAUCCUUAUCUCCUCGAUAUCCAGCAUGCUCCAGCAAUACCCUCCCCCCGGUACUUCCUCCUCGGACCUGAUGUACCAUCACGAACUCAAAGCCUCCAAUUACGAUAACCCAAACAAUGUGUCCCUCAGAGACCGUUUGCGUCAUUUCACCUGGGCCUGGUACACUCUUACCAUGAGCACCGGCGGCCUCGCGCUUCUGCUGGCCAGCCAGCCCUACCCUUUCCCCGGCUUGCAACGGAUCGGGCUCGCAACAUACAUCAUUAACCUGGCUUUCUUUGCCAUUCUGUGUGGCCUCAUGGCCACACGCUUUAUCAUUCAUGGCAACCUUGUAGAGUCCCUCCGACACGACCGUGAGGGCCUCUUCUUUCCCACAUUCUGGCUUUCCAUGGCCACAAUCAUCACCGGUCUUUACCGUUACUUCGGCGACACUACACAGCCUGCAUUCGUCUAUGCCCUCGAGGUCCUCUUCUGGAUUUAUUGCGCUUUCACUCUUGUAACUGCCAUCGUUCAAUACUCCUUUGUCUUUACCGCCCACCAUUACCCUCUUCAAACAAUGAUGCCUUCAUGGAUUCUUCCUGCAUUUCCCAUAAUGCUCAGUGGCACCAUCGCUUCCGUCAUUGCUGAACAGCAGCCCGCGCGCGCUGCCAUUCCUAUGAUCGUCGCAGGCACCACCUUCCAAGGCCUUGGCUUCUCCAUCAGUUUUCUGAUGUACGCGCACUACAUCGGACGGCUGAUGGAGACAGGGCUUCCGUCCCGAGAACACCGCCCAGGGAUGUUCAUUUGUGUUGGGCCUCCGGCCUUCACAGCCCUUGCCCUGAUCGGCAUGACCAACGGUCUUCCUGAGGAUUUUCAAGUCCUCCAAGAUCCGCACCCCUUCCAAGAUGCGCACAUUCUCCGGCUCCUGGCCGUCGCCGCGGGUGCGUUUCUGUGGGCUCUUAGUCUUUGGUUCUUCAGCAUUGCUGCCAUUGCCACCAUCCGCCUCCCGCCUACAGCUUUUCACCUCAACUGGUGGGCCAUGGUUUUUCCCAACACGGGGUUUACCCUAGCGACCAUCACCCUGGGCAAAACCUUGAACAGCCCGGGGAUCAAAGGCGUUGGGUCGGCCAUGUCCAUUUGCAUAGUGGGGAUGUGGCUCUUUGUGUUUGCGAGCAAUAUUCGUGCCGUUGUAAGGCGGGCUAUCGUCUUCCCUGGCAAGGACGAGGAUGUGUCAGAGUGAUAGUUUAUUUUUGGACUGUCUUCUUGUCUUUCUUUCUGCAAAGUUAUCAUAUUUUCGAUGCACUUAAGUGCCU